AUUAUAAUCAAAUUGCUUUGGGUCAAUUACCAAUGUCAAUACAAAAGUUAGAUAAUUGUGAUAUUUUUGUUUGUCUGAUUGUGUUCUCUAAUCUUCUUUCCCCUUCUUCUGUAUCUUACUGUUGUGGUGAAUACCAAUUCUUGAUAAACCAUCUUCUAUUGGGUUAAACUAGUGUCCAAACUUGAAAUAUGUGACUAAUACUAUGGAUGGUCGUGUUCCAAAUGAUAAAACAUUAUAAUAAAUGUUUAAGAAUGAAAUUUCACAUGGAAAAUAUGUAUUAUAUUUACGAAUAUGACGUCCGGAUACGAAGUUAAGGUUAGUCAAAGUUAAAAAAAUUUAUUGGGUUAAACUCGUGUCUAAAAUUGAAGGAUUGUAACCAAUAUUAAGAAUCAUGAUAUAUUUAUGUUCUUAGAAAAUGUAUUCAAGAAACAAUUUUUCAUGGAUUGAAUUGGGUUGCUCUAAAAUCGUAUUAAGAUCUUAAUGUAAGUUGCUUCAAUUCCCCUUCUUAUCUAUUAUGUAUUGUUUUCAUUGUGCUUGUUGAUUCCACAGCUUCUUGGUAACAGUCAUGGGUUUGAUCAUUCCAUGGAGUUCCACUUUGGCAUUGAUCGAUGCAUACUCCGUCCUUGUUAAAUGUCCUAUUCGUCAGCCGGGAAUAGUCCUGAUCAUCGUCGUAGGAGAUUGGGUCUUGACAGUUCUCACACUAGCUGCAGCCUGCUCAACAGCUGGUGUAGUGGAUAUUCUGCUCAGAGCGGACAAAUCUUAUUGCCCUCAAAAGUUUUGCAGUAGAUAUCAGAUCUCUGCCGCAAUGGCCUUCUUGUCAUGGUUUCUGUCUCUGGCUUCCUCUCUUUUCAAUCUUUGGCUACUUCCUUCAUUGUGAUUUUCAUUCUGUAGUCUUCAAAUAUGCAUAUAAUCAUAUGUUUUUUUUUCUUUCAAAAUGACAGAUCGAUUUGCAUCUGAAUUUUGUACAUAGAUGGUGAUCAAAUUUUGACAGGAG